AUGCUUUCCAAUACUGUUUCGGACGGAGAUAAGUUGGACUUGUUUUUAAAGAGUUCGUUUGCUAAUCCAUUGGAAACCUCCAAAAAGAUCAAUCACAUUGUGGCAAGCAGUAAGGAGAUAGAAACAAUAGCAAAUAGGCAAUUGAAUGAGCUACUGACAACCACCACCGCUGUCAAUAAUAGUGAGCUUGUUUAUAAUAGUUUUGCUUGUUUAUAUCUACUUGAUAAACUGGGUGAAAAGAGAUGCUCCAUAGCCAAACGUCAUCAACUGUAUGUUGUACGGCUUUUAGAGACCAAACAACUUGCACAGUGUUUUAAGCAUUUGGUAUUGGCCCGCAGGGCACUUGGGAAAAAGAAGCCAACAUUCAAUGGAAGUGUGACUGUUAGCGAUUUGAUAGACGCUGUUGAGAUUGACCAAUCGUUAAAGGGAAUCAUAUCUGUUGGUAUCACAUAUUACUUUGUAGCGCUUCAGGCCAUUUUACAGUAUGUUUCCAUCAAUGUGAAGAGUUUACUUGCUGGCAACGAUCCUUAUAUCCGGAGGGAGGAUAUUCAAAGUAUAGUGCAUUGUUUCCAUUCGUCCAGUACUUUCGGACAAUUGUUGAGCAAAGAGGGUGAUCAUAUUGAGAUUGAUCAUAAUCAAUCAACUCGCUACACAAACAAUUGUAUUAAGCUCAUUAAAGGAUACUAUAAAGUAUUCCAGGCUUUAAAUGUACGAAGCCAAUGUCAACUACCGGAAAUAGUUGUUGCCCGUGAUUGCAUAUUGCUUAAACUAAUGCAACUUGACAAGUCAAUAGAGAAACAACAAAUACAAUCCUAUGUGGACCUAAUAUCAUAUGAUCCACAGCUUGUAAAGUUUGUGGAGGAUUUGUCUAUUCCGGGUGGUCACUUUGAUAUUUCUCUUAUUCAGAUACACUUUAGGAGACAGUCGGCUUCAGUUUGUCCCGAUCAGGCAAUUGAAAGGUUUAUGGUUGAUCCAUCGCCAAUUGAGCUUGAAAACGUUAAGUAUGGUCUAUUCACUGGUCAAAAAACUCUCUUGGAGAAUGACACUCUUUUAAGAAAGCUAAGCAGAUAUUCCAUCCCAUUAUCGACAACAGGAUUCGAAUUUGCUAAAGCUGUAUCAAAAUAUUUGCUGACUGAAUUAACAUCUCCUUCAUCAUCAUCAGGACUGAAACAAAAGCUCAAUUCAAUACAACUUAGAGCUAUCGAUACGUUUCUUACGUUCUUGAAGAAUGCAAUGGCUACUUCAACCGCAAGUCCAAGCUCACAAAUGGUGUGUAUAAUUCAAUCACUACAUGACCUACUCAAGCUUGCAGAGUCUACUUCAAGAUCUCGAAUGCUAUCUAAUUUGCUAUACAAUUUGGGUAAUAGGUCAAGAAACCCCAAUCAUUGGAGUUUAUCAAUCCAGUACGAAUGUGACAUUUAUAAGUGCUCCCCUACAAGUGAAAACUGGGCAUUUUAUGAAACAAAGGCAAUGAAAGUUAGCAAUGUUCUUCUUGGUAUGGGAUUUGCAAAAUCUUCCUUAACUAUAAUGUUAGAUUAUUUCCAUACUUCUCAAAUAAGGACGGAGAGUACUUUCAAGUCACAAGUUAUUCACCUUUUUGUGAAGAUUAUAACAAAGGAUAAUGGUUUGGUAAUAGAUAAAUUGAAAUCUAUGUGUAAAUCAAAUCUUGUGUCCGAGAAGUAUUUGCUUCAGUUAAUGCUACAAGUGUUCCAAUACUGUGAAAAGCUACUCGAUGCAACGGUGAAGACAACUGUGUGUAACACUUUGAUCAAGACACUAUCCUUUCAAGAUCCCCUUCUUCAAUUACAAUUUCAACUAGGAUAUUAUCAUACAAAUGGUAUAACAGAAGUCAUGGAUCUUCCUUUGUUGCAGGAUAUCCCUGCUGGCUCCAUCCUCAAUUGCGAUUUAUAUCUUCAAAAGCUCACACACUUUGGUUGGAGUGAUCUCUUGUAUGAUAAAUGUCAGCUUGAGUUCAAUUUGUGGGCAGUCCAGACUUCUAGUAUAGACAGUGUGGGAGAUGAUGAGAUAAUAAAAUCAUUCAUUCUUUUCCUAGAGCUCAAUGCAUUAUAUGGAAGCAUGGUGCUCAAUAUCAACAAGAUAGUUAAGAUGAACAUAUUAAAUCCUGAAAUGAUAUUCUUCUUGAACUAUAAGUUGGCUGUGGCACUCUCUCGUCUUGGGUUUUAUGGAGAUAUGUACAAGCAGAUUAAGUUGUUGAUGAACGUUAUUAAAGAGAACCGAAUAAUAUCAAUUCCAAGUAUCCUUUCCUUUAAAUUGUUACAGUUGGAUUAUGCCAUAUCAAUUAGGAAUAAAGAAACCGCAAUAUCUCAGUUUAACAAAAUACUUAAGUUUGUCAAAUCAAAGCCAGAGUUGGAUAUUUCUGAAUCAACAAAAUUGUCCCUUCCUGAGAAGUUCCAAGCACUUUUAUUGUUAGCCCAUUUUCAAACGUUAAGUGCCAAACUUAAUAUUUUUCUUGAAGAUUAUGUGGGUGCUUAUAGAAAUUGCAAAGUUUCUUUGAAGAUUUUGAAUUCAAUAAUGGUUAAAUUGGGACCUAACUUUCCAAAAAUACAAUACACUCAUAUUAAACUGAAUGCUGUUGUGUUAUUACUUGUGUCUUAUGUCUCCAUUAUCCAAAACUUAAACUACAUGGGAGUUUCAAGGGAUAUCAGAUUUUAUGUUAGAGGGUUGCUGGAAUUGUGCUCUUCUUUAAAUUCCCCAGUAAGAAAGGUUUUGGUGCUUUAUGAGAUAAUUGGCCUUUCUUUGCUUUUAAGAAAUUCUGAAGAGGUAUCCAUUCAUUAUGAAAGCUUCGUUGACCAAUGGCGAUUCAGUAUUGUGAGUAACUGCGCUUCCUUAGCCACAGUUAAACAAGCUGUUGAAAUUCUUCUUGGGAAUUCUGUUGGGACAAUUAAUAUACAAUCGUGGAAGACAUUAGAUGAAGUAGGUGCAUCUAAAAUUUCUAGCCUUACAGCUUUGAAUGAAAACUUUGUAUUUGAGUUUCAAAAGCUUUGUCGAUUGGUAACUCCCAACGUUGCUUAUUUGAACCCUAAUAUUACUUCAAAAAGUGAGAAGGAUGAUGUAUUGGAUCAAGUGAAUAUAAUAAAGGAGAAGAUAUUUGAAUAUAAAUCUUCGAUAUUUAAGAGUUUUGCAUAUUUAUGCCCUGGAGCUAUAAACGCAAUUGAAGGUGGUCAACUUGAGGGGAAUGUUAUGCAAGCGUUGGACAAGCUUGUGUCAUACAAGGAGUUUUUGAUUCGUCUUUCGAAGAGUAAAGUGUUUCACGACUGUCCAAAUCUUGCCAAUCAAGAAGUCUACAAGUUGUUGCAUCUCUGUUUUUCAUUACUUUCCCAAGUGACAGCUCUUAAACCAGGUUCAACAGCUUUGAAUGAUUUGCUUCAGCUUCAAGAUUCUUAUUUAGAAAAUCCCAUUGAUAACGAAAUGAAGAUUCACAAAUCCGCUCAGGGCUACAAGCAAUUAUUCCCUGAUAAAAUUAGCAUUGACUCUUAUGCUGAGACUGAAUCAAAGCUUGGGUCAAAUUUUUGCAACAAUUUGCCUGCAAAUUGGAAAGUAGUAGGGAUAGACACUUGUCAAUUGACAGGAGAUUUAUUGUUGACUGAAUGUUCAAAGGGAAAGGAGCCCAGAUUUAUACGACUUAAUGUUGGUCGUUUCCAUCUUAGAGACAGAUCAAUACCUUCGAUAUCCAUAGAUGAUUUGUGCAAAAAGUUUCAGCAAAUAAUUCAAGAGAGCAAUCUCACCACGAAAUCAGCUACUACUUCAACAAUCGUAACUAGAGAUGAUAGAAUUAAGUGGUGGAAUCUUCGAUUUACUUUAGAUCUGAAAGUGAAGGAGAUUUUGCACUUCUUGGAGAAAUAUGUGUUUGGUGGGUUCAAAUCUGUGUUCGAGUCAAAUGAAGCGGACGAUCAAGCAUAUCUCAAGUUUAGAGACUCCUUUCAAACUUUAUUGACAAGAUCCAUAAAAUCUUCCAAGAAUAUAUUGUUUGACGAUAGCAUCAUUAAUUUGUUUUAUAACUUGACAGACUUUGAAACCAGUGAUGUGGAAGACUUGUUCCAAAUCCUUCAGGACUCGGUAUUGGCAUGCGAUAUAAAUGCGAAACUUGACCAUGUGUGCUUCUUAUCUUCUGUGGAAUCCCUUUUCAAACAAUUCAAGAGAAACAAGCAUCAAAAGGACCAUCAUAUAAUUUUGGUUCCUAACGGGAUUUGUAAUCAUUUCCCAUGGGAAUCGUUGGAAUUUUUAAAGGAGAAAUCAAUAACCAGAGCCCCUUCUUAUUCUUGGCUACAAAACAUGCUUGAAAUAAAUUCAAUUCCUGAGUAUCCCAAGACCUUGUACCUCGUUAAUCCUGAUGGAGAUCUACAAAAUACAGAAAACAGAUUACGUCCUAUAAUUCUGGCUAAGAAGUCAGAAUUAUGGUAUGGAUAUGUGGGUCAGGUUCCUGUUGAAACUGAACUAAUGAAUAAACUAACCAAUAGUGAUCUUUUUCUUUACCUGGGACAUGGAUGUUGUCAACAGUAUGUCAAACCUGGCACCAUGUUUGAAUAUAAACUUGUUAAUGGACACAAGAUUCCACCAGCCUUAUUGAUUGGAUGUUCAUCUGCUUCAUUAAAAUCUAAUGGUAUAUUGAAUCCCACAGGUAGCGUACAGAACUGGCUAUUGUGCGAAUCUCCUAUGGUUAUUGGGAACUUAUGGGAUGUCACUGAUAAAGACAUUGAUAUGUUUAGUUUAUCAGUUAUGGCUAAGGCAGGGAUGAUAGAGAAGAAUGCUAAAUCGGCUACAUUGAACUUUUCCCAAGCAAUAAGCAAAUCCAGAAACAGCUGUACCCUCAAAUACUUGAAUGGUUCUGCUCCAAUUAUGUAUGGGUUACCAUUAGCCAUCAGAGACACCCGCACACCAGAUUUUGCUCCAUGA